AUGGCGGCUAGGGUUAAUAGAGGUCGUCAAAGGAUCCCAUUGCAGAAAAUAGAGAAUGAGACUUACAGGUUAGUUACUUUCUCCAAGAGAAAGUCAUCAAUUCUAAAAAAAUCAAGUGAGCUUUGCACCCUAACAGGUGCAGAGAUGGCCGUAAUCAUAAGGUCCCCAGGGAAUAAAACGUUCUCGUUUGGAUACCCUUGUGUGCAAGCCAUUGUUGACCAUUAUUUGUCUAUGUAUCCUGAACCCUUGGCCAACACAUAUAUCAUGCAACAGUUUUUAGAAAAUUUCCCCAACAUAGAACCGGGGAGUCUUAAUGCGGAGUACACUGUUGUAAAUGAGGGGUUGUUGUUCUAUAGACAACAGAGUGAGGUGCUUACCAAGACUGAGAGAGUUGCCGAAGAUGAACAACGAUACAAGAGGUCGUUAAGAAUUAUGAACAAUGAAGACCUAAACUCUUUUGAAAGAGACUUGAUAAAGUUGCAUGGUAUUGUGGCUCAACAGUCUCAAGAGCUGCAACAAAGACAAGUUAAGGUGAUGCAGUACAAUAAUGCAAUGGGAGCAGUUUGGGGAUUUCAUUAG